GGGCCAAUUUGAAUGAAGAAAUCAUUGGAUCCGCAGCCUUCUUGCGGGUUCUGUCUCUGUCUGUCUCCAGCCAGCCGGCCCUACCCUAUUCCGAAGGCAGAACACGGCGGCGCCCACACCCCGCCGGCGAACCAGAUUUAAAUUAAAAAAUCUACAAAAGCGUAGAUUCCAGCACCAGAGUUCUCUAUUACUUGGAAAGUCAUUGAGGAAUGGUGGGACUAUCUAUUGGAGAAAAGCAUUUUAUACAGGGUGGAAUCGCUCAAGAUCUUCGUUCCGAUGGUCGUAAACGACUAACUUACCGUCCCAUAUCCGUGGAAACUGGAAAUAUACCACAGGCCAAUGGUUCGGCAAGAGUAAAGAUGGGUGCGACAGAUGUUAUUGCUAGUGUGAAGGCUGAACUUGGAAAACCAAGCCCGUUUCAACCUGACAAAGGCAAGGUUUCUAUAUUUGUGGACUGCAGUCCCACGGCGGCACCAAUGUUUGAGGGCAGGGGAGGUGAUGAGUUGUCAGCAGAACUCUCGGCAGCUCUUCAGCGAUGUCUCUUGGGUGGAAAAAGUGGAGCAGGAGGUGGAAUUGAUCUCUCAUCUCUCUCAAUUGUGGAAGGAAAGGUUUGUUGGGAUCUCUAUAUUGAUGGUCUCGUGGUUAGCUCAGAUGGAAACCUUCUAGAUGCCUUGGGUGCUGCCAUCAAGGCUGCUUUGAGCAAUACUGGAAUCCCUAAAGUCCAUGUUGCUGCCAGUGCCUCUUCUGAUGGACAACCAGAGGUUGAUGUUAGCGAUGAGGAAUUUUUACAAUUCGACACAUCUGGGGUCCCUGUCGUAGUUACAUUAACCAAGGUGGGAAGACAUUAUAUUGUGGAUGCGACAUCAGAAGAGGAAUCCCAGAUGAGCUCUGCUAUCUCUGUUUCUAUAAACAGGCAAGGGCGCAUAUGUGGGCUGACUAAACGAGGCGGUGCAGGCCUGGAUCCAAGCAUUAUUCUUGACAUGAUAUCUGUGGCUAAACAUGUAAGUGAGCAGCUGAUGAACAAAUUGGAUUCUGAGAUAUCUGCUGCCGAAGCUUGUGAAGAGGAAUCAUGACAUUGCUAAGCUAAAAGUGUCAUUCUGGUCGGUGAAUUAGUUUGUCCAAACCUGAUUGUGUAGUAUGCAACUAUAGUCUUACUCGAAGUCUUCUUACUCAAUAGGCAGAAUGCAAACUGGAUAGAACCAAUUGUUUUGUAUUAGCAACUUUCCCUGUUGAACUAGAUUUGAACAACGUAUUUUUUAUACUUGGUUCGCUUGGAAGCUAUUGAGUUAACUACAUUUUGAAUGGCACUAGUACCUAUUGAGAGGGGUUUAUGGGAA